GAAACGGAACGGACUCAUGCGCUCAUGCGAUGCGUUGUCGUCUCAUGCGGUCUAUGCGUGAAACGGAACGCACCCCUAGAGAGAGAAGUAACUCUAACCUAUAUGGGAAUGAAAAAAGCGGGACGUCUUGGAAUUCGAACGUUGAUCAUGCAAAAGAAGGCUAGAAAAACAAGGCGGCAACUUUUAGCGGAAAAGGCAGUGAUGCAACAACAGUUAAUAAAUAAAGCAAAUGCCCUGGCAAACCCUUUGGAAGCUUUGCCAAAAUUCCACAAAUACAUUACAAAGGAUAACGACACAAUCAAGUUUGUUUGUGUUAAGGCAAAGAACGCACAAUCAAAGUGUCUUACUUGGAUCUUGGACAUUAUGGAGAGAAACAUGAAGGAUAUGUAUGAACGAUCCAGUUGGGGCUGGAACAUGACUGAAAAACAAACGGAACUGACAGAAGAUACGGCAUGGUAUCUGGUGGCAUUGUGUGAUGACAAAUUCAUCGGCUUCUCGCAUUUCCGAUUUGACAUUGAUAAUGGCGACGUGGUAUUAUAUUGCUAUGAACUGCAAUUGGAGCCAUUGGCCAGGCGCAAGGGGCUCGGUCGCUUCAUGAUGUCGGCUUUAGAAUCCAUGGCGCAACAAAAUCAGAUGCUGAAGGUCGUUUUGACUGUUUUCAAGCAUAAUCCGAUGGCAAUACAAUUUUUCUACGCUCUUGGAUAUAAAUUAGACAGUUCGAAUCCACCAGCCUCGGCGCACUUGGAUUACAUAAUCUUGAGUAAACAAAAUUUAUGCGGAUAAUGAAAAGUAACGCAUGUUCUUCAUAUUAUACAUCUCUUUCGGUUAGGAUUGCGUCU